UUUUAUUUUAGUCUAUUUAUCAAAAAAAUUCAGAAUUAGAAAAUGCGCGUUACAUGAUAUGAUAACAUUGAAUGGCUAUUUUAGAAUGCACCUGACGGUCCUAACGUGUAUUCUAUGGCAACCGUGGCUUACGUGGAACUUGCAAAAAGUCAUCCAAUCUCUAUUUGAUGCACAAGUUUAUUUUAUAAACAUUUCUCUCAUUCUUGCAGGUUAUUGAUCUUGGCAAUAACCAUGGAAGAACAAAUUUAUCAUCAAACUAAAAAACCCCAUGUAGUAAUCUUUCCUACGCCAGGUAUGGGUCAUCUCAUCCCACUCACUGAGUUAGCCAAACAACUCGCUCACCGUCACAACUUCUCCAUUACCCUCAUACUUCCGACUAUCGGUCCGGCAUCCAUGGCAAUGAAAUCCGUCCUCGAUCGUCUACCGGAAACCAUUACUUCCAUUUUGUUAUCUCCCGUUAACUUAGACGACCAACCCAAAGAUGCUAAAGGUGAAACAAGAAUUUCAAUUGCCAUGGUCCGGUCAUUACCUUAUCUCCGCGAAGAAUUGAAGCGCAUAACGUCUAGUAAACGUGUUGCUGCGUUCAUCAUUGAUCUCUUUGGUACUGAUGCUUUCGAUGUUGUAAAUGAAUUUGGCAUCCCACCAUAUGUUUUCUUUCCUUGUAAUGCUAAUGUAUUGCAAUUACUUUUGAAUUUAUCUAGUCUUCAUGAAAGUUUUUCUGGUGAGUUCAAGGAUCUGCCACAACCGCUCUGUCUUCCGGGUUGCGUUCCUAUGCCUGGAACUGAACUCAUCCCACCGCUUCAAGACAAGAAAGAUGAUGCAUAUAUGUGGUUUUUACAUCACUCUCGGCGGUAUAGUUUAGCCGAAGGUAUUUUGGUUAACACAUUUGUUGAUUUGGAAUCCAGUGUUUUGAAAGUAUUGAUGGCAGGAAAACAACCAGGAAUACCGACAAUUUACCCGGUUGGACCUGUAACAAGCAGUAGCUCAAUUGGCAGGGAUUUUGAUGAUGCGUCAGGGUGUUUGCAGUGGUUGGAUAAUCAGCCACUUGAAUCUGUUUUAUAUGUAUCAUUUGGUAGUUUUGGGUUUUUAUCUUAUGAGCAGAUGGUUGAAUUGGCAUAUGGGUUAGAGAUAAGUGGGCAAAGAUUUUUGUGGGUUGUCAAAUGCCCGGCAGCACCAACAGUCGAUGCUUCUUUAUCCAAGCAGAUGAGUACGGACCCAUUCAAUUUCCUGCCUGAUGGAUACUUGAAUAGGAUACAUGGCUCGGGAUUCUUAGUGCCUUCAUGGGCGCCGCAGAUCCAAAUACUAAACCAUGGAUCAACAGGAGGAUUCUUGAGCCAUUGUGGAUGGAAUUCAACUACUACGAUGUUGUUUUUUUCCAACUACUUCAUCUAACUCUUCUUGAACCUUCCUCAUAAUU